UUCUAUCAUUUUAAUCUGCUGGAUGAGGAAAAAGGACUGGCGGUGUUUUAGUGCGUCUCCUCAUUUCCACACAAGGUCAGGUUCUGAUGUUACAUGAUAGGACCAUGUUCAGUGUUGGCUUUGGAAAAAAUAAAAAAUAAUUGGAAGAAACAUUUUCGGAUACAGUCACAGUGACUCUGAUGCAGAACUUGAUAUAGUUUUUUUCCACUGUGCGAGUCUCCGAUCAUUAGUGGGAUGUGUGUUUUUGGAUUGUGAGGAGAUUUCCUCUCCAGUCUCACCGCUCUGAACGAAUGGCCAACCGCCUGCUGGGCAGAUGUGCCCACUUAAUCUGCAAGUCUUCCUCUCAGGCUGCAGCCACUGGCACUGCUGUCCGCUUUCAGCCACCCUUAGGUGGACCUGUAGAGGUACCGAGGGUUAGAAACUGGUUAUGGGUCACUGAGAGAUUGUUCUGCGAGUGGACGGCGACCAAAGAUGAGCCACAUCACAAUGUUCUGGUGCGAACUCAUCUGUAUGAGAUGAUAGAGAAAGUGUCGGCUCCAGACGAGGUUUUGUCUGCUUGGGAACAGUACGGAGGGAGUGGUAAUCAGGCGGCUGCCUCCCUGGUGAAGUGGACUCAGCUGAUGCUAAAGACAAAGGAGAAGUUUACAGGAGACCAAGAUGAAGUGCUGACAGAUUCAAGGCUGGUUGAAAUGAUGAGUACUCUAUCAAAAGAUGUGUCAUCAGUGUGGAAUGGCAAUCUGGUGAGUGUUUUGCGGUCCCUCUGGAUCAUGAAGAUCCCCACUUCCCAUCCAGUGCUGGGUUCUGUCCAAACAGAGGUCCGGUGGAGAGUCCGAAGGCUCUCCUACAAGCAACUGGGCUUCCUGAUAGACUGGGGAGUGGCGAGGAAAGCCCCACAAGAUGUAGCGAUCGUGAACGCUGCCUUGAAACAGCUGGAGCUGCGCUGGACGGAAAUCGCCGAUACCAAAACCGUCAGCGCUUUGAUCUCCAAAGGAGAGCACAUGGCGCCUGCUUUGGUGGACAGACUUGAAGAUAAGGCAUUAGAGCUCUCAGAGGGCUUUUCAGCUGAAGAUAUCAGGAAAGUCUGUGUAGCACUGGCAGCUCAGAACCGCAGAAGCAUCCCAUUACUCAGGGCCGUGUCCUACCACCUCCUCCAGAAACCCUCAUCCGAGUUCACCACUCCAUUAAUAAUGGAUCUGGCCUUCGCAUACGGAAAGCUGAAUUUCAACCAAUCUCAGGUUUUUCAGCGAAUGGCCAGCGAGUUGCUACCCAGAGUUCCUGAGCUCAGCUCCACUGACGUCACGCGCUGUGCCAAGUCUCUGGGCUUCCUCAAAUGGCUCCACAUUCCUCUCUUUGAAGCCUUUGCUGAGCACUACACAGCGAAGAGUGAAAAGUACAGCACUUUCCAGCUCUGCAAUCUGCUCAUGACUUUUGCCAGGCUUGGCUUCCAGCCCACCAAAGGAGAGGAGUUUUACAGAAAGGUUCAUGUUGUGUUGAAGGAGUCUCUCGCGAGUCUGGAGCCUUUCCUGCAGACGGAUGUGGUGUGGUCCCUGUGUGUCUUACAGCAGGCCAAGCCCGACUACCUCAUCCCUAUGACUCAGACAAGUCAUGUUACCAACCUGCAAGAGGGCAGCCCAGCUCGAGUGGAGAGCUACAGACUGAAGCUACUGCACGUUGCUGCCACUCUCGUCUUGGAGCAUCCCGGUUCCUCGGACGCUGUCCCCUCUCUUAGUGUCCUGUCUGUCUCAGCUACUAACUCGUCCUUAUCCAAACUGCAGAGCAGUCUGAGAGAGGCGUUGCAGAGUUUGUUUGGUGGGACUACGGGGGCCCUUCGCACCGGUGUUGACACCGUGUAUGGAUGGACAAUUGAUGGAGAGAUUGUUGUGGAUUGUGACAAUAAACCAGUCGACAUGACAAAUCUAAAAGCCCCUCAUUUACCAAGUGGUGGAGGAACCCAGGAUUUACCUGCAGAGACACGGCGAUUAGCUUUUUUGAGUUGGGAAUUUCCCAACUUUGGCUCCAAGAGCAGAGACCUGCUUGGGCGCUUCGUCAUGAUGAAGAGGCAUCUCCAGUCGGCCGGCUUCAUCCUAGUGGAGGUGCCAUUCUAUGAGUGGUUGGAGCUGAAGACCGAGUGGCAGAAACUGGCGUACCUGAAGGAUAAAAUGGGGAAGGCCGUGGCCGAGGACAUGGCCAAGUGAUCGGAACGACUCUCCCAAAGCUCAGCUCGAUCAGAGCUUUCCCAGUCCAGAGGGACCCAAAGGGAAUGCACUCAUCCACCCACGUUCACGCUGGGGUCGGAGCUGCGUCACAUAUUUUAUUUUAUUUUUUUUUGUGCUCUCGUUCCCCUGGCAACAUGUGGGGCUUUCCCUGUUUCCAUGGUGACGACGAGUAAAGAGUUUAGGACGAGGAGAGAGAUGUAAAUAAACACAACAGAGAUAUGAUCUACUCAAGAACUUUGUCUUUACAUCUGCAAGGGGAUUGUUGCAGCCGAAGCUCCGGAGUAAGGGGAAAUAUUUGCUUCUCAUUUGGAUGUAACUAUCAGAAUAACUUAUAUCGGUUAAUGUGUGUCAUCAUAUGAUGGAAUAAAUAGUUUAUUACAAUU